AACGCGCGUGCGCAGCCGCAGUCAGUUGUUGUUGUGCGCCUCGUGUGAUCCCAUGCUAAAGAGCUGAGCUCCGUUAUAGUCCGUGGUGUCCGUGGCAAAUCGUUGCAUUUAGUUUUUGCAUAUGCAAUUUAUUGCAAUAUAAUUUAUAGCAACUUGUUUUUCUCAAAGUCACAACGUGCGACGUCGCGUCGGCAGCACAAAUUGCGCAUUUUAAAAGUUAAAAUAAAUAAAAGUAAAAAAGCAACUGACAAGAAAAAAAACAAAAAGAAAACCCCGAGUGCAGUUGACGAUUUAUGUGUUAAUUUUUUUGGCAUUUCUUGAGGCUUCCUGCAAGGCGAAUAAGCCCAGAACACAACUUUUGCAUACCAAAAAGGCAAAAAUCAGAGACAAUGCACAACUUAAAGUCCAGUCUGCCGCUGCUGUUGUUGCUUUUGGCCUUGUCGCUGUGCAUAAGCUCCUGCCAUGGUGGCCGACGUCUGCGCAAGAAGCCGAAGGUCUAUAAUGCACUCAUCACCACGGAUGACAAUUUGACCUCGAGUCGAGCCUAUCCGGUCAUUCAACCCACCAUACACGAGCCAGGCUAUGCGCCAUUUGGGCCCUAUAACCCAUUUGGUUUCUACAGUCCGCCGCUCGUAAGAUUCGGACAGCCACUGGUGCCAGGUCUGCCGCCCAAUGAGCGGCUGCCGUAUCCAUUGCCCACAGCGCCGCAAUAUCCGCCCGUCUAUAGUACAUCCUUUGAUCCCAACCAGCCCAGCAUUGUACCGGCGGAACAGCAGCCACAGCCGCAACCACAACCUGAGCUGGCGGCACAAGCUCCAGCCCAGCCAGAUGAGACAGAGCCCAAGGAGCUUAAGACCAAGGAGCAGCUGCCGCUGCCACUCAACGAGCGGGGACUGCCGCCUGUUUUGAUACCACUUUCCUCUCAAUUUAAUGGCCAAUCCAUGCAUCUGCCGCCCUAUCCAUAUCACCAAUACCCGCUAAUCUAUGACCAGGCGGGCUAUGUUCAACAGCGCGAGAACUAUUUGCCGCCCUACGAUUACUAUCCCAGCCAGGGCUAUCCAACGCGCAGUCCUCCAGCCGCUGCGCCGCCAAUGUACCCGGCAGAGCCGGAGAUGCAGCCCUUGCCACUGGAUAGCCUCGAUGCCACGCCCAGUUUUGAUGACAUCAAAAAUGGUUCGGAGAACAAAAAUAGCGAUGUACCCGAUGUACCGCCGCCACCAAUACCUUCCGGUCCAAAGCGCCCUAGACCAAAGGAUAAUUGAGGCGUAUUUCGGCGCCGGCCCCUAAAUAAAAAUAUACGCGUAUUUAUUACCAUUUUCUUUAAGCAUUUUCAUUUGAUGUAUUUGUACGUUGUCGUUUAAUAAUAUAAUUUAAUAAGCUUAGUAAGUGUUCA